CAAUGGUUAUCCUCUUUCUCUGCCGCAUUUGCUAGGGUUUUCAGUCACUCUCUCCACUCCCAGGCUCCUCAUUUCCACCAUUGCCUCUCUCUAUCCUUUCCCUUUCCCGUAAGCGUCGGCUUCGAUCCGACCCCAAAUUUGAAAAAGGCGCUUCCCAUGGCUGGCAGCACGUUUUAGGGUUUCGUGGUUGCUCUCGAUAGCACGGUGUUCGAGGUCUUUUUCUUGUCUCGAGAGAAAAAGGUGAGAGCUCUCUGAGAUGGCAACCAUGAACCCCUUCGAUAUCCUCGGCGACGACGACAAUGAGGACCCCAGCCAGCUCGUCGCUGCUGCUAAGCCGGUCGAGAAGCCGAAGAAGGCUCCGGCUCAAGCUGCCCCGCCGCCGAAGCCGGCCGCCAAGCUGCCCGCCAAGCCGCUCCCCCCUGCUGAAGCUGUGAGGGAAGCAAAGAGUGAUACUGGGCGUGGGCGUGGCCGUGGAGGCGGCCGUGGUUAUGGCCGUGGUUUUGGCCGUGGAGGCGGUCGAGGAUAUGACCAAGAGUCAGGGAACAGUGAGGGAGCAGCUGGCAGCAAUGAUGGUUUUUCUGGGGGUUUUAGAGCCUCAGAGGAAGGAGAUUCUGGAAAACUAUCUGAAAGGCGUGGUGGGCCUCGGGGUUCUUUCCGUGGAGGUCGCCGUGGCGGUUUUAACAAUGGAGAACCUGGUGAGGGGGAGCGUCCAAGAAGAGCAUUUGAACGCCGCAGUGGCACUGGACGAGGAAACGAGAUUAAGCGAGAAGGAGCUGGUCGUGGAAACUGGGGAACUCCUACUGAUGAAAUUACUCCGGAGACUGAAGAACCUGUCGUUGAGGUUGAGAAAAAUGUGGGAUCUGAGAAGCAGUUGGUUGAUGAGGAUGGCACGGAUGCAAGCAAGGAGAAUCCUGUUAAUGAACCCGAGGAAAAAGAGCCUGAAGAUAAGGAGAUGACAUUAGAAGAGUAUGAAAAGGUCCUUGAAGAGAAGAGGAAGGCAUUGCUGGCAUUGAAGGCUGAGGAAAGGAAAGUGGAAGUGGACAAAGAGUUGAAGUCCAUGCAACAACUCUCUAGCAAGAAGGAUAACAAUGAAGUAUUUGUCAAGCUGGGAUCCGAGAAGGAUAAACGCAAAGAGGCUGCUGAGAAAGAAGAGAGAGCCAAGAAGUCUGUCAGCAUAAAUGAGUUUCUGAAGCCUGCUGAAGGGGAAAAAUUCUAUAACCCGGGUGGCCGUGGUCGAGGUCGUGGACGUGGACGUGGAUCCACAGGUGGUUACGGUGGUGGCUAUGCUAGAGAUGUAGCUGCUCCUUCGAUUGAGGAUCCUGGCCAGUUCCCCUCCCUUGGUGGGAAAUGAGGUUUUACCACUGCAUACUUCAAGCUGAGUUACCUCAUGCUUGAAGUUGUUGUGACCUUUCAGGACAAAUCGGGUAUUAACGGGAAUGAUAUUUUUCCUGUAAUAGAAACCUUUGAUGUUAUUCGUCUUUUUGAGUGUAAAUUUUAGUUUCUCCAUGGAUUACUUUGCUUUUCUUUUGACUCACAUCAGUUUUGAUUGUGUUAGAAGAUAAUGAAUUAAGUCUUUCU